AUGGCUGACGGUUUUCUUGCCAUUUCCUUGCCUAGUUCUGAUCACGUCGACGAUGCGGGCAAGAAUUUCUCAAGACGCGCCCCUCGAGGACUCAUAAGAACAACAUCUAUUUCCUCCCAGUCUUUUUCACAUACAUCAGCAUUGAAAUCACCCAAUGGCGUCACUUCUAACAAGCAGACGCCCGGACCAGGGGAUGCGCAAAGCAAGCCAAAGAAUGUGGGAAUUCUACAAGUCACCAAUAGCGUCGAGUAUACUAUCAACCAGCGUAGCUUACAGGUUGAGCAAAAGCAACAACCUAUGUCGACGUCAGUUGCCCACACCCAGGAAGGGGUUUCGCAUCUUCAAGGGUCCACAAUCGCCGCCAACAUUCCUUAUGCUGAUAGCUUGAGGGGUGACUCUUCCCAUCGGCUUUCCUCAGAUGAUAGCUCAUCCCCAUCCUCAUAUGACAGUACCUCUAGUGGAUCCACUUCAAGCACUAACGAGUGCUCGACUGAAAUCACUGACGAUGAUUAUGAUGAUGGGAUCGGCACGGAAGAAAAACUCAAAGCCGCAGACCAUGCAGCUCAAGAGCAAGCUCGCUGGCCUUUCUGCCUUUGCUUCCCAAAAUCAAAGUUUCUUGACGUACAAGGCCUUAGUGUGAUUUUACCUAUCAAUAUUCCUAUCGUCUCUAAAGUGCGUGAAGAUCUACCUCUGGUCGUUCUAACAGAGAAACUCUACGACUUGCUCAACGAGGAUGAGGAAGGGUCGGCUGCUAAGGAACGAGAAACAGGACGUUCUAUAAAGCUCCCCAAAGCUCUCUUAAUUGUUCAACAAAUGACUCGAAGGGGCCUCAAUAUUUCCCCUCGGGUCCGCGCCUCCUCUCCUGGCUUGCACUCUGGGCAAAGUACACCAUCUGAAGAUCACAAUCCCGAUGAUUGCCUAGCUUCGCGAUCUCACAACAAUUUUGGCGUGCUUGCCAACCUACUAAGACUUCAUGACAGGCGACAUGCGGCAACAAACUACGGUCCAAGUCCAGAGUACGUCAGCUACCCUGACAGUCUACAUCUCCGCAACGGUAGCUUCGAUGACACAGAUAGCUCCGAACGAUCACUUAGCCAGGAUUCGGGCAUCGUUAAGCCUCCUAAGAGGAAAUGGUGGGAGAAGAACUCAGGCAACUCAUCUCCACCUCUAUCUUGGACAAACUCAAGCACCAAGAGCUCUUUCUCGCACCCGUCCGGGCAACGGCCACCGCUUAGACGUUCUCGAAGCAGCGGUGGCCUAACCCCAGCUAUACAAAGACUGUUGAAGAUGCGUGCUCAGGAAAAUGCUCGUGAUGAGAUGUGUAUUACUGUGCAACUUGCCGAGACUCUAUCCCGUCAACGAUAUCUACUGCGCCUUUGCAAGGCGCUGAUGAAGUACGGAGCACCUACGCACCGACUAGAAGAAUAUAUGCGCAUGACGGCGAAAGUUUUAGAAAUUGACGGGCAGUUUCUGUACAUUCCUGGCUGUAUGGUCAUAUCAUUUGAUGAUGCUGCUACCCAUACUGCAGAUGUCAAACUGGUCAAAGCUGCGCAAGGUGUGGACCUGGGUCGAUUGUUUGAAGUGCAUCAGAUCUAUAAAGAAGUGAUCCACGAUGUCAUUGAAGUUGCAGAGGCUACGCGAAAACUGGAAGAAAUAAUGAAACGGAAACCGCGGUUUAAUGUUUGGUUUCUCAUCCUCAUGCAUGGUUGCGCGAGUGCUUCUGUUGGUCCUUUCGCAUUUGGAGCUCGCCCUAUUGAUAUGCCGAUAGCAUUUCUUCUCGGCUGCUUGCUUGGAAUCCUCCAAUUAGUUCUAUCACCGCGUUCUUACCUAUACUCAAAUGUAUUCGAGAUCUCUGCUGCCGUCCUCACGUCCUUCCUCGCAAGGGCCUUUGGCAGUAUCCCGUAUCAGGGAGGUCGUCUUUUCUGUUUCUCCGCACUUGCUCAGUCAUCCAUCGCUCUUAUCUUACCAGGAUAUAUGGUUUUAUGUGGAAGCCUGGAACUACAGUCACGUAGCAUCGUUGCCGGCUCAGUUCGCAUGGUGUAUUCAAUUAUUUAUUCCCUCUUUCUUGGAUUCGGCAUCACUGUUGGCACUUCGGUAUACGGUCUGUUAGACCCCAACGCCACUUCAGAUUAUUAUUGCCCACCGAGCCCCAUUGAAAAUCCUUACCUACAGCGCCUGCCAUUCGUGAUCAUGUUCACUUUUUGCUUGACAACUAUAAAUCAGUCCAAGUGGCGACAGAUACCAGUGAUGCUUCUGAUAUCCCUUUGUGGAUAUCUGACGACGUAUUGCUCGACGAAGAGAUUUGGGUCAAAUACUCAAGUCGUCAACGCUCUAGGUGCCUUUGUUAUUGGCGUGAUGGGGAAUCUAUACAGUCGACUUCGGCAUGGAUUAGCUGCCGCAGCUAUCCUGCCAGCUAUAUUUGUCCAGGUACCAUCAGGUCUAGCAGCAAGUGGCUCUCUGGUUUCCGGCAUCACAUCGGCUGAUGAAAUCAACCACAACACCUCUUUCUAUUCGAUUAUCAACAACGGGACUCAAGGUUUUCUUGAGGCUCAACAAAACAUGUCACUCUACGGAAGCAGCAAGAUGUACAGCGGAGUCGUCUUUGACAUCGGAUAUGGAAUGGUCCAGGUUGCCAUUGGAAUUACUGUUGGUCUGUUUUUGGCUGCUUUAGUUGUCUAUCCCUUGGGAAAGAAACGGAGUGGUCUCUUCAGUUUUUAA